AUGCACUCCCGGAGCUGCAGGCCGAAGCAGGAGCAGGUAUUGAGGCCGGAAAACCAGCACAAUUGGUGCGCCGAGCUGGCCAAGGAGUCGUCCAUUCACGGCAACUCCUAUGUGGUACGCAGGGAUCUGCACUGGACCGAGCGCCUCUUCUGGUUCGCCAUGGUCGUGUCUUCGGCGUAUUACGCCAUCAAUACCUGCAUUGCACAGUGGGAUCGGUUCCGCGAACAUCCUAUUGUCUAUGAGUACGAGUAUCUGUUCGCUUUGCGCAACUUCACCUUCCUGGGGAUGACACUCUGCACCAACUAUGAAACGGAUGAGUCGGUGAACAAGCUUAUCAAGUACACUUGGGGAGUGGAUCCCACUGUAAACGAAACAGCGGCGACUUACUAUGGAAAUUUUCUCCGGGUGCUCAACCACUUAAACUACGACAAUCUGGAAACGCUGGCACCCUUUGAAAAUGAUUCCACUUUGGACAACUUGCCAUACGUGGAUAUGCUCUUAAAGUUGCAGGAGAAGGUUCUGCCUCCUCCGUAUCCUGUGCUCCUGGCGCCGAUAAUAACGGAAAUGGGUCUAUGCCAGACCAGCAGCCAGUUAACACGUUUUGGUAACCCAUACGGGAAACAGGAGGACCUUAAUGUGACGCCAGUGCGGCAGUGCGGAUUCUUCAACGACUGCCAGCUGAUGCACAAGCCCUUCAAUAGCAUUCUAACCCAUGUCAUUCUGUACCUGCACGAUGUCAACGAGAUGAUGCUGCCCCAUGAUCACCGGACUGUCACCUUUGACGCCAAGGUCAAGAGCUCCUAUGUCCUGAAGCUCUUGGUAAACUCGAUAUCAGCGGAUGUUGAGGUGCGGAAUUUACCUGUGGCCUAUCGAAAAUGUCGCUACGAGGACGAGAACAAUCUCAGUUACUACCACCCAUAUCAUCCCAGCCUCUGUCGCCUGGAGUGCCGCAUUAACUGGGCUCUGAGACUGUGCCACUGUAAGCCCUAUUUCUAUGUGGCAGCUCCCAAUGCUCCGGUCUGCAACAUAACCGGGAUGCUUUGUUUGGCUCGAACCAAGUGGCUGGAAAAGCCCUGCCUUUGCUUUCCAUUGUGCCGGGAGAACACGUACAGCAUCAUCGAGGAGUACGAACAAAGCGGGGGCGAUCAAAACUACGUGGGCGAGCAGUUCGAGCGGACCAUAAUCAUCAAGAUGGAUCUGCCCAAGAUGGGCAUGAAGCGACGGGUCGUGUUCAGCACGGAUCAGUUGAUAAUGUCGUUUGGCGGCGCCAUUGGCCUCUUUCUUGGCGCUAGCUUCAUGACCAUCUACGGCCUGGUCUAUCUAUUUCUCACAGUUUUGGCUUUCAAAUGCAAAUUAUGCUUCAGUCUUCUGAAAAAUAAUAAUUAG